GAUAGAGGGGCGGGACUUAAACCGGCGGUUGAGAGACGACCUGGCUGGUUUGAUGCCGGGUGAAAUGGGAGUUGUAGUCCAAUCCGGCUGGGCUGAGCGGUGACCACCCUUCCAGGAGCCACACCUGUGGGUGUUCAGAUGGAGCAGCUUCCUAGUCAUCCUGCUAACAGAAGAGCCAAAGAGGAGGGUAAUACUGUGCCUCUUUGUCGAGCCAAACCCUCCCCCAGCUUUAUUAAUCUUCAAGCAAGUUCCUCACCAGUCACUUUCCUGAAAAUCCUGCCAACGAAGUUGCCAUCAGGUAUUGACCACAAGCCCAAGGAAUGCCUAGGACUCCUAGAAUGUAUGUAUGCCAAUCUCCAGCUUCAGACCCAGCUUGCCCAACAACAGAUGGCUAUUUUGGAAAAUUUACAAGCAUCCAUGACAGAACUGGCUCCUGGGAAAGAAAGCAAGAACUCUUCUCUCCCAGCCUUAUCUCGCAAUCUAUUGUUAAAUCACCUGCCCCAAUUCAGUAAAUGAAUUGUGAAGCAAA